GGCCCGUCGCCGGCCGCUCUAACAUGUAGUCUCACGCCCAUGAUAAAUCCAAGUCUUCCAGCGGCCAUGCCGCCAUAACUUAGCUUUAUUCUAGUUUACGAAACCAAGUCUUCCAUUAGCAUAAUUAGGUUAAGAUGAACAGAGGCAGGGCGUCGCGUCGCGAGAACAACCGCGUCGUAUUCGAACGACUCUGGCGAGGUACUUUCCAAGCCGUGGUCGCGGGUCCGCAACGCAGGCCCCGCGCUUCCUCUCACGACCCCAUCUCGGAGUCUGCUCUCGACCCGGUCGCCAUGCCCCAACAAGGGCCCUCCACGGUCGCUGACAGCCUCGAGCCAGCUAUCAGGACCAUUCUGGAGGGCCUCCGCAACUCCUGCUGCUGCCGAUGCAACUGCUCACAACCCGGACGCAAUUUUAACGACAAUUUGCAGGUCUGUCUCUCCAAUGACGAGGAGAGGAAGUCCAUGCGCUCCGUCAUCAGCGUACGAGAGACGCACGCGAUUGCUGAAGCGCAGCAGGAAAAAAACGCGCGUCUUCGAGACGCAUUCGGGAUUUCCCCGCGGUUCGUGGAGGGCACGAGCCUGGACCCGGAGCGCCGAGCAAGGGAGCAGGCCCAGCGGUACCCGCUCGUCAGGACGCCCAGCAACGAGAGGGAAGAGAGGGACCAUGUGGCUAAGAAGAAAAAGAAAAGAAGUACCUCGCCAGAUGCAAAGAGACUGAAAAAGAAAAAGUCGAAGAAAAAUAAGAAAGAAAAGCAGGUGCUUCAGUUGUCGAAAAGCGAAAGGAAAAUGAUAUUGGACUUCAUUUGUAGGCUGGAGUCGAGCAAGAAAAAAAAGAAACGCUCGAAGUCUCCCGACACUGAGAGCUCGUCGGACUCGGAGCGCGACAGCGACUCGCCGACUUCCGACGACGAACGACAGAAGAAGAAGAAAAAGAAAAAGUCGGGUAGCAGACGCCGCGGCAGCAGUGAGCCGUCAAGCAGAGAAAGCUCCCCAGUUAAGAUUGUAAAAGAGAAGACACGAGACCGCCGGAGUGAGAGCAGAGAGAAUGAUGCACAUUUAAAACGGAAUCAUAGAGAGCGAGAUAGCAAGAAAUACAACAGGAAAGAGGAAGCCGGCCGGAAUUCCCGGUACAAUGACACCAGUCGCAGACGCGACGACCGCAGCCGGUCCAGAGAUGACCGGGAACUGGAUCCCUCGCCGGAGUACAAACAAAGAUCUUACGUCUCCAGAAUUGAAAAUAAAAAGAGAGAACCUUCCAAGGAAUCCAGGCCUGCAAAGCGCUCGAAACGAAAUUCAUCUCCAGAAUCUGAUGCGGAAGAACCCCCUCCUAAACGCAGAAACGAUAAAAGAUAUAGAGAGCCCAGUGCCUCCCCGCCACCUGAAAAGAAACGGCGUAGGAGUCCGUCUGUCGAAUACAAGAAAAAAGAAGAAAGUUAUAACAAUAAGAAAGACGCGAGAGACGGCCGGAAUCGAAGGGAGAGCUCUUCUCGUGAUGACAGAAGAGCCCAAAGGAGGAGUGAAUCUCCAGUGAAUAGGAAGAGGCAAGAAGAGUCUUAUAGUAGAAAAGGACAAGAUGAAUAUAGUAGAAAAGAAAGGGGCGAUAGAUAUGACAGACAAAGAAGCCAGGAUCGCUAUGAAGAAGAAACUUCUAGACGAAGGGAAAAGGAAAAUUACGAGGAGCCAAGGAGAAGGAAAAACAGAAGCCCUUCUAAAGAUAAACGAGACACUUCUCCUGAGAAGGAAAGGUCACCAGUCAGUAAAUCAAAUAGGAACAGAGAAUCUCGACGCGACACAGAAAGAAAUUAUAAGAAUUCGCGACCGGAGAGAAAAUCCCCUUCAUCAGAGUCAGAAGCCGAGCCGCCCCCAAAGUAUAAAGAAAAGGAACCAAAGAGUAAAGCUCGUUAUUACAAAGAAAGAAGCCCGUCUAUAGAGCGACGGCGGAGUCCUUCACCAGAUUACAGGAGGAGAGACUCGCCUCCAUCUAAAAGUCAAGCAGAGAAACACAAAUCCAAAGUAGUAGAGAAAAAACGCGAAAGAAGUCAUUCUAGAAAAAGAUCGCCGUCAGCGGAAAAGCCAAAGCGUAGACAAUCGCCGAGUCCAAAGCGAAGGAAGUCCCCGAGUCGCUCAGUGUCCGAAUCCCCCGAGCGUAGGAAGAAAGAUAAGAGAAAGAGUGUUACGCCAAAUAAUAAAAAGAGAUCUUCCGAACGGCGGGUCGCCUCGCCGCGAGCGGAGAGAGACAGGGAUGAGAAAGAUCAUAAAUCUUCACGGCGCGAAAAUCACAAAGAAAAAUCAAGGUCGAGGUCGGCGCGGACCUCCUCCAGUUUGAGCUACUCCCCGGCCCGGCGCAGUCCGGAACGUUACCGGGACAUCCUAGACAAAUUGCCUGAGAAAGAUAAGCGGAAGUACAUCAAAUCUCCGUCUGAACUGAAGAGGAAGCGAGAGAAGGCAAAUUAUAAGCCUAAAGUGUCGUGCAUGAGGAGUUCUUCAAGCGAAGUGGAGGCUUCCGAAGGGGAACUGAUGACCGUCGAUGAGAGAGCGAGACAGGAUGAGUUGAGCGGGUGGAACAGAGAGCUGAACAGACUGAAAAGGAAGGUUGCGCAGAUGGCGCGCGCGUCUAUAGAGAGGAAAAGGGUUGAGGAAACUAACGGGCCAUCGACUUCACAGACCAGCCGCGAUAAUGUAGUUGAAAAGGAUAAGGAGAAAACGAAGGUUUUGCUCAGUCCGGUGGUCGUAAGGAAGUCAAAAUCGAAGUCGCCAGUCGAUAAGAAAUCGAAGUCGCCAGUCGAUAAGAAGAGAGAUAGUCCAGUAGUUAGUCCGCCGAAAGAGAAAUCUCCCCGCAAAGAGAGUCCACAGACGAAGAAGAGAGACAGGGGCCGCAGUUGGUCGCGGUCGUCGUCGCGCUCCAAGUCGAGGUCCAGGUCCAAGUCGCGCUCGCGGGGCAAGUCUUCUAGAUCCCGCUCUAGAUCUAGGUCUAGAUCCAGGUCGUCGAGGUCCAGAUCCCGCUCUUAUUCCUCUUCGAGACGCUCGUCCGCGCGCUCGAGCUCGUACAGCAGCCGCAGCUCGUCGCGCUCGUCGCGCAGCUCGUCGCGCUCCACGCGCUCCUCAAGAACAAUGACGGGCGUGUACGCGGAUUACCGCAGAUCCAGCGUGUCGCGUGCGCGAUCACGUUCGCCUUCCAUCCCGCGGCGCGCGGGCUCGCCUAGCUUCCUCGACCGCCGCCGCAUCACGAGCGCGCGCAAACGCCCGAUCCCGUACCGGCGGCCGACGCCCUCCACGCCAUCUAGCGGGAGCUACUACAGCAGCAGGUCUUCACAACGCAGCUGGACCAGAUCUCCGCCCCCACGGGCCGAAAAAGAAAAGGAUUAAUACUGCUACAUCUUGAUAGUGACAAUUCUCAUGAUCUAGCAUUUUUUUCGUGACUUAAAAUGGUUUUGAGUUUUUGAUCGUUAUCAGCAAAGGUUUGCACUUAAAAAAAUAAUAACUGUACUUUUCCAAAGGCAAAGAUUGAAAUUUGAGCACAUUUUUAUAUUGGACAUAAUUUACUUAACUAUAUCAUAAAAAGAACUAUUUUUCCGGACUGUUAGCUAAAGAAGUACUACUCUUGUAAGCCGUCUUGGUAGAUAAUAAAUUUACCCAAAAACGUCGACCCGUACCCAAAGACACAGGAAUCACUUAGGGAAUUAACUCUUGGGUAAACUAUUUAAUUCUUUGAUCGUUAUACUAGCUCAUAUUCGGAAAUAAAAGAUAUUCGUCAGUUUAUAUACACCUUGCGUACAAAUUGUUACUACAAUAUUUAAAAAAAUGUAGUAUGUACUAAUAUAAAAAUAUUUUAAAUGAACACGUGAUUAGAUCUUAUGAAAGAUGUGUUAUAUUUUAAUUGUAUAUGGAUCUCACAAAUCUCAACGAUAUUAUGUGAUGCCAAAUAUUGAGUGGCAAAAUUAGAACACAAUGUAUGUAAAGUAGUGCAUGGGCAGUGUGGGGCAUCGAAAUAAUAAUUAACUUAUUGACUGAUAAACAUGUAUAACGUAGUACGAGUGAUGUUCACAUGACAAUCUUAGAACAAAAAAUAUUUUGUGUGUACUACGAAAUCCGAUAUCAGUAGGAUCUAGUCAGUAAGAUAUACCUUUUAUCUAGUCAAAAUAUACAUGAUUCUACAAUCAUUCCAACAAAUAUUCAAGUUCAAAGAUCUCUUUUACAUUUUUUUUUGUUAACUUUAUUUUGAAUGGUUGAUCAUUUUAUUAUUUAUUAUUUAUCGUAAAAUUAAGUGCUAAGUACCAAAAAAUACUCUAGUCGAUUAAGUCUUGAAAGUUUUUAGAUUAAAGUGCAAUAUAUUUAUUGACAGCCGAUAUUUACACUAACUAACUUAUUUGUACAUUAUAAUUUAUCUAAUCCUUGUAAAAUAUUUAUUUUCUAUUUAUUAUUAAAUUAAGCUAUUGUUAAUUGAUAUUCAUAGAAUAGUCUAGUCUAUAACGCAACUGAGAUAAUUACAAACCCUGUGAGCAAUAAAUUUGAAUGUGAAGGAUACUGAAUAACGACACGUAAUAGUAAAACAAAUUUAAUAUAAAACAUCAAUAUAUGUAAUUAGUCUUUAAAUACAAAAACGAUAUAAAUGCACCGCAAGCCGAAGAAUUGAUUUCGCCGAUUUGAUUUUAGAAAAUAGUAUUAGAUAACUCCACAGAUUAUAUUAGUAAAUAUACUAUCGAUUAAUGGACUAAACAAUUGCUGUUGUAAAAUAAAUGAAGUAACAAAAAUUUAUUUUAUUUUACAUAAAUAUACAUUACCCCUUUUAUAUACCUACCUUACAUA